CUUGAAGCUGACCUAAGAACACGAUUGUACAUUAGACAUAAAUUGCAUAAUUAAGUAAAUUAAUCCGUGGAGAUUAUUCAUUUACACGGCCAGAGGCUAUCUAGAUCUAGGACACAUAGGCAGCAUUACAUAAGGACAUUCUUACGAGAUAUCUAGUCCUGAUCAAGGUACGUGUCUACGUUGCUACAGGUAUAAAUGAUAUAGCGUGGCCACGCUCCACUGACGCUGUUGUAUUUAAAAUUACAACCUGUAUUUUAAACGCCUGUGAAUCACUGUCGAAAUUUACCUAGGUGAUACAACUUUUUAACAUGUACAUGUGAGCGACGACACAAGAAACAUCAACUUAAUAUUAUGGAAAUGUGAAAUGAAAAACAUAGCUCGUCAUCAAAUUAGUAUGGAAUUACUCUGGACGGUCGUGUAACAUAUCUGUCAUGGAUAAAACACGGAAGCUCAGUACAGUUGUAUUCUAUCAGCCAGAUGAGGAGGCAGUGCUCAGUCGGCCGGGGGAGGGACCAGCCCCAACACUAGAGGAAGUAACGUCGUCAGCAACCUUCCAGAAUAACGGCAGUAGCCAUAAAAGACCUUCACUGAUAAUCACCCGGAAAAAGGCUGAAUCCGAAGACAGCGGCGUUAAGUCUGAAGAGGAUGGAUGCUCCACCACACAGUCAUGGCAACCUCGUUCCAACAGUCGAUGGAGUCGCUUUUCCCGGAAUAUCUCGCUUUCUUCCACCUCGCAGCCAUUUUGGGAUUUCCCCUCAUUUGACGAAUUGUUCGACAAUGGCGGUAAAGCUAGAUUCGCCCUGCACCGGUCCCCUACUUCCAUUAGUGACGUCAUACCGAGAUCCCCGACCAGCACGUCGUCAUUAGGAGGCGAGUCUGUUAGGCUGGAGGAAGAAAGCGUCACCAGUGCAACCUCCGGUCAACCUACCAUGGGAACUCCACAGCCUGUUAUGUCACGUCAGGACAGUAUCAUGAGUCAGUCGUUUCGGUCACUUCUCUUCAAGAGCUGGGAAGGUAGCCAGAAUGACUUUAUCAGCUUCCGGUCCAGACUUGGUGGACAUGUCCGUCACAAGUAUUGCAUGUGUUGCAGAAUCACGAGUACGCCGUUUUUGUUCGUCAACGUGGCUUUAGGCAUGUUUAUCACAUGUUUGGGAGUGCUGUGUUUUAUCCACUGCCGGGACGAGUUGAUGAUGUCGGUGUAUGUCCUUAUCAACGGCUUGUUGUCAGUUUUUUUCUUCCCCACUGUCAUUAUGGCGUGGAACAAGCGUAUCGGUGGGUGUGUAAACGAGUCAAAGAAGGAGGAGGCGCAGAAAGAGAGUCCGGCUUUCUUCAUCGUCGCUCUCACGUGCCGAAUAGCUUCGACAAUCAUCGGCACGACCUUGCUGGUAUACCGACAUUACUGGGUGGGGCCGUCAUGGGAGAACACCCUAUGUGAAGUGGAGUUUUUCAUGACUUGUGCCGUUGUUGUUAUAGAGUGGAUAUUUCUGGUUAUUUUCCUCACAGUCCCUAUGAUUAUAUACUUCUGCCUUUACCGUGUCGCCCCAUACCUGUCUGACAGUUUUGAGGACGAGUGAUGCACCAAACUGGAAAUAAAUUAGCAAUGGAAAUGAUGAAUGUACAUGCACAAAUAAACCUCAACCUUAAAUCUUACAGCAGAUUUAGUGCAAAUGUUCGCUCUGUACAAACAGGGAGUACAGCUAUUUUUUUGUGAAAAUAGUCAACAACAGUGUUCACACCGAAAGUGUUUAAAACGGAACUAUUUAUUUCAACUUUCUUUAAUCUAUCCUGAUAUGUAUAACGAACUAUAAUAAGGAGUUGAAAUUACACUUAUACACGUGUAAUGUAUAACAUCUACAUGUUUAACGGAACAUGACGUUGCCUUUGAUCUUUGGGCCACGCCAAAUUGAUGAGUUGUUCUUUGGGAAAUUGGAAAAAUAAAAGGGAGCAAGGGAGCGAUUU